GUUGACUUCCUUUGCGACACGGUUCAUACUGACGAAGCAUCAUGAUUGUACAAUGAGCUCGACAAACUUUGCUGCAGCUCAGGAGCGGGUUCUGGAACGUCGCCGUCUCCGCGAAGCCGAAGCUCGCGCCAGAUUUACGGAACAGCAGCGGGCGUCUCCAGUCAAUCAUCCCGCAUUCCAAAGGCUCCCAUAUCCUUUUAAUAGAAUACCUACUUCGGGUCUCUCUUUAUGGAAUACGAUAAAAGGCCGUGAUGGUAAUAGACCUGCCUUCCGUGUGGGGCAGGUUGAUGCCGAACUUUUGGAUGAGGAAUUACUUGGAUUACUGAAAGGCCAAGUCGGGAAUGCUUUGAAAUAUUUCGGGCCCCAAGCUCGAGAGGAUUGGUCUCAUGAAGUUCAGUUUGCUCUACGUGCAAUCUUGUUUAAGCUCUCGAUAUGGGAUCAUGACGCAUCCUACGGCGCGGCCUUACAGAACCUGAAGUAUGUAGACACUCGUAGCAAGGGACCAAUUCAUUCAGCUCCAACGAGGUGGCAAAAGUCUUUGUAUGGCCUUCUCACAGUUGGAGGUCGCUACGCCUGGGAAAAAUGGGAGGGCUGGUUAAUUAACCAAGAGGGCGGCCAUGAAGAGCCAUCGCGGGAAGUGCGGAUGCUAGCUCGUAUGACGGACCUCGUUACCACGACACACUCGAUCGCAGCUUUUAUUUCCUUCCUUGUAUUCUUAGCCAACGGCCGAUACCGAACGUUAGUUGACCGUAUCCUCCGCAUACGCCUUACUCCUCCUUCUGCACAGGCAAGCCGCGAAGUAUCUUUCGAAUACUUGAAUCGACAACUUGUGUGGCACGCAUUUACCGAAUUCCUUCUUUUUCUCCUGCCACUUGUUGGGAUCAGUAGGUGGCGACGAUGGAUAUCCCGGGCGUGGCGGAAAACAAUUUCUAGCCUCAAAUCUAGCGAUGGGGACUACGAGGAGACUGAGAAGCAAGGAGAGUUAGCUUUCCUUCCUGAAAGAACCUGUGCCAUAUGUUAUAAAGCGAGCAAUCCAGAGUCUGCAACAGAAAGUGAAGUGAUUGCUGCGUCGGCUGCCUCUGGAGGAAUCCUAGGAUCAGCCCAGAUGGACAUCACAAACCCUUACGAGGCAAUGCCUUGUGGCUGCGUAUACUGCUUUGUCUGUCUGGUGCAGAAAGUGGAGGGAGAAGAAGGAGAGGGUUGGGUCUGUCUCCGCUGCGGCGAGAUUAUCAAGAAAUGCAAACCCUGGCACGGUGAUGUUCUUGAAGAGGCUCGCCCCCAAUCAAGCUCAGGGAAAAUUGUUGGCUUUGCUGUAGAUCAUGAUGCUGGCAUCAACGACGAUAAGUUAGAGAAGGGGGCGGAUGACUCGGUUGAGAAAUCCAGCUUACUGCAAGAUUCAAUGUCAGAUGAAGCAGUACAGCACUCCAGCCAGUGGUCUACGAUUGAUCGGGAAGCCGAAUAAUAGGGAUGGUGUGGGUAACACACAUUAGGAUGAGGAGGCAGGAUAACAGAUGCCAAUCAUUCCAUCCUUAUGCAUAAUCUACGUGGCUACUUAUAUUUAUUAUUAGAAGUCAGCUUUCAUCGAAGGUACCCCUCCUUUUCUUA